AUGGUUCAGCAACUUAGUUUAUUUGGAUCCAUUGAUGAUGACGGUUACGAUUUACUAAUAUCAACGUUGACUACAAUAUCAGGUAAUCCUCCGCUGCUAUAUAACAGUUUAUGUACUGUUUGGAAACCAAACUCAUCUUACGACGUUGAGAAUGUGAACUUCAGAAAUCAAUUGGUUGAGCCAAAUAGAAUAAAACUUUCCAAAGAAGUGCCAUUUUCUUAUUUGAUUGAUGAAGCAAUGAUGGAUAGACCAUUAAACUUCAAGCUUUUGAAAUCAUUUACAAAGGACAAUAUAUCACUGGACUAUGCAAUGACGAGAAAUAUUUUGCACAAUAGGAGUCCGCAAAUGAUCAAUGUCAGCAACAACAACGACGAAGAAAAAAGUGGCAGUGAACAACCAGGAAACACUGUAAAUGAUAGCGGAAAAAAUAGUGAUAUCAGAGAUGUCGACAUGGAUGCAAGUUCCGUUCUUUCGAACGAAUCAUGUUCCCCUUGGUCGUUACAAAUUUCAGAUAUUCCUGCGGCAGGAAACAACAGAAGUGUCUCAAUGCAAACUAUAGCCGAGACUAUCAUACUAUCUUCAUCAGGUAAAGACUCCUCAAUAUCCUCGCUUAUGAGUGGAUUGGGUUACGUCUUUGAAUUUCAAUAUCUUACAAUUGGUGUGAAAUUUUUUAUGAAGCAUGGUUUGAUACUGGAGUUACAAAAAAUCUGGCAAAUAGAAGAAGCAGAGAAUUCGCAAAUAACUAGUGGAGGAUUUCUUAUAAAAGCAUAUAUUAAUGUUAGCCGAGGUACCGAUAUCGAUCGAAUUAACUAUACGGAGACUGUCCUAUUGAACUUAAAAAAGGAGCUACAAGGUUACAUAGAAUUAAGUGUACCUGAUAGACAGUCAAUGGACCCGAGGGUAGCACACGGAAAUAUUAUAAUAUGA